CCAGUAUUUCAUGCUUGCUGGCCAAACACGUCGAUAUACCCACCGUACGCUACACACACCUGAAUCUCUGGAAGAUCAUCACCACCAAUACCAACUACUACCACAACCCCGGUAUCCUAGACCGACAAGAUGAAGUUCACCACCGAGAUCACUCUCCUCACUCUGGCCAUGGGCGUCUUCGCCGAGCCCCCCACAAAGGUCGUCGCCGAGCGUGACCUGGCUACAAUCCAGGGUGUCAUCCAACAAGUCGGCAACUCACUGAAGGAUUUGAACAAGGCCGUGGACGGCUUCAACGGCGACCUCAGUGCCCUUGCCGGUGCUGCUGGCGCCUUCACCAACACCCUUAACCAGGGCACCCAGCAGGUCAUGGGCACGAGCGAGAUCACCCUUAACGAGGCCCUUCAGCUCCAGCAGUUCGUCUCUGGACUUCAGAGCGACGGAAACGCCCUUACCAAGAACCUCGAGAAGAAGAAGCCCGAAUUCGAGAAGGCCAGCCUUUGCGGUAUUAUCUCCUCGCAAGUCGGUUCCGUUGGCGAUGGCGCCAAGAAGCUCAUCGACACCGUCGUCACCAAGGUUCCUCAAAGCGUCCAGUCUGUUGCCAGCCAACUUGCCGGCAGCUUCGCCACAACACUUCAGUCCACGCAGCAGUCAUUUGCUGCAGGCAACUGCACAAACGCCAACGGUAUGGGCGGUGGCGGCAACGGAACCAACGCCGGCACACCCAAGACCUCCUCCCCAGCCAAGGCUGGUGCCGCUACCCUCUCCGUCGGUCUCGGCUCCAUCGCCGCGGCGGCGUUUGCUGUCAUGUUGCUGUAAGCUUGUCUCGUGCGGAGAUUGAACAGGAGUUUGGGGUUUGGACAGAAGAUCAGUGGAGGAUAUAUGGAAGAUUCCAACACUUUGUCUAUGAUGGCCUUUUUCCUUUCGAGUGCGGGCAUGACGGCGAAGUGCCAAGAUUUGUAUCAUACGGGCUCGGGUAGACAAUGCGAAGCCUGCUUUCUUGCACAUCAAGGUUGUACCCAAACCCAUGACUUUGGAUUGAGCGCGUCGUACUGGGGUUCACGUCCAUGCUGGUUGUGUUGAGGUUCGGGACUAGGCCGAGUGCACACGUUGAAGCACGAAACACUCGUUGUGAAACUAUG